GAUUUAGAACGCGUAGCUACGUCAAUGCAGACCAUCAAGUGUGUUGUUGUUGGAGAUGGUGCUGUGGGUAAAACUUGCCUGCUCAUCUCAUACACCACAAACAAAUUUCCCUCUGAAUAUGUACCUACAGUGUUUGAUAACUAUGCCGUAACUGUAAUGAUUGGCGGCGAGCCUUACACACUUGGCUUGUUUGAUACCGCAGGUCAGGAAGACUACGAUAGAUUAAGACCUCUGAGUUAUCCCCAGACCGAUGUCUUCCUUGUGUGUUUCUCCGUUGUGUCUCCCUCAUCAUUUGAAAAUGUAAAAGAAAAGUGGGUUCCAGAGAUUACUCACCAUUGUCCCAAGACCCCAUUUCUGCUGGUUGGCACUCAGAUUGAUUUAAGAGAUGACCCCUCAACUAUAGAGAAGCUGGCAAAGAACAAGCAAAAACCUAUCACUCCAGAGACAGCAGAGAAGCUUGCACGAGACCUCAAAGCUGUGAAAUAUGUGGAAUGCUCAGCCCUCACUCAGCGAGGGCUGAAGAAUGUGUUUGAUGAAGCUAUCCUAGCUGCCCUAGAACCACCUGAGUUGCAGAGACAGAGGAAAUGCUGCAUUUUUUAA